GGUCUCCGGUGGGGCCGGACCAGUCGGAGUGGCAGCCCCGUCUGCAGCGCUCAGCCAAUGGGAACACGCACAGGAUUUAGGCUAGAUGCGCCAUUUUACCGCGUCCACAGCCAUCCGGCAAGAUGGUCCCCUCGCUUUGUCUGCCCUGACCGGAGUUGUUUCGGUUACUGGAGGCUUCUCUCGCCUCCGCAUCAUCGCAAACCUGUGAAAAUCUACCGGACUGUUUGACGGGGCUAACCCAAACAACACGCUUCUCCGGCGGUCGAGAAAUGACGACGACGGGAAGCAGGUAAUAUGAGUCUGGAUUCUUCUGAUUCAAACCUAGACCCAAUGGCAGAGAAAGCAGAGGAGCCUGGUAGCUCAAGAGAAAAGAUGAAGCCCUCCUCCUCUCGCAGCAAGAGGAAGCCCACUACUGCCGCUAAGCACACUGGACUGAAUGAAUCAGACACCUCAGCUGAGAGUGACAAUGACGGUGCCCCCUCUGACAAUCCUUCCGACAGUAACACAGGCAGCGCAUCUAAAGGCACUUUAGUUAUGAGACCAGCUGGAAAUGAAAACAAAGGUGCCAUGAAGCUCAGAGUCGAUUUUAAACAGAAACCUACAGUAACAGAUGAUACCCUGCAGAAGAAGGUAAACUGCACUGCCUGUGGAAAACAAGUAAACCAGUUUCAACGCAACUCUGUGUAUGAGCAUCCUGCACUUAAAGUACUUAUUUGCAAGUCAUGCUACAAGUAUUACACAAGUGAUGACAUCAGCAGAGACUCUGAUGGGAUGGACGAGCAGUGCAGGUGGUGUGCUGAAGGAGGCAAGCUCAUCUGCUGUGACUACUGCAACAAUGCCUUCUGCAAAAAAUGCAUUUUGCGCAACCUGGGCAGGAGAGAGCUGUCCGCCAUUACUGAUGAGAACUCAAAGUGGCACUGCUAUACCUGCAGGUCGGAGCCGCUACAGGAUCUGGUCUCCAAAUGCCACCGUAUCAUGGAAAAACAAGAACUUGAGCAACUCAAGCAAAGAAAACCAGAUAAAACAGAUGAACGUGAGAGCAAGAGACAGAAGAACAAAUCAGUUAAAGAGCACAAAGCAGUUGUCAAUGGAAAAGAACACAACGAAGGCUCAGGGACCAUGACGUUUUCCUACAAAAAACUGCAGGUACCCAAAGAACUUAUAAAGAAAGUAAAAAAGCUUGUUGAAACUACAACUGGUCUCAACAAUACAUUCAUCCAGUUCAUACAGCAGGAAGUUGAGGAGCAAGAAGAUAAAUCUAUCAGGUGUCGGCAUUUGAAAGCCUUCAAGGCUGUGCUUGUGGAUUUGAAGAAAGCCCACAGUGCUUUGGAGGCUGCUUUGGAACCUGAGUUCAAAAGCAUGGAGUUGCAGAAUGGUAACGAUGGGCAACAUAUUGUGAGAAAGACCAAGACUGUUCCGCCUCCUGUAGAUAUUGAUAGUAUGGAUACUGUGGCAAAUGCAGCUGAUAACGUUGACAUAGCGGACAAGUUGGACAAGGAGCCUUUCGAUGAGUUGGAUGAGGAGCCCAUCGAUGAGCCCAUCAAGGAGCUGGAUGAGGAGCCCAUCGAUGAGCCCGCCAAGGAGCUGGAUGAGGAGCCCAUCGAUGAGCCUGCCAAGGAGCUGGAUGAGGAGCCCAUCGAUGAGCCCGUCAGGGAGCUGGAUGAGGAGCCCAUCAAGGAGCCCAUCGAUGAGCCCAUCAAGGAGCUGGAUGAGGAGCCCAUUGAUGAGCCCGUAGAGGAGCUAGGUGACGAGCCAGAUGAGGAGCCAUAUGAGGAUUCAGAUGAGGUGCCCGCCGAGAAGCCAGAUGAGGAGCUGGAUGAGGCGCGGCCUACCGAGCAGGAGAUGGACAGUGAUAAAGUUUCAAGUGAGGUUGAAAUGAAAGACAGCCAAACAGAAAUUGAUGUAACCAAAAAGAUAAUAAAAUCUGAAGUGUGUGAUGAUGACCUGGUAUCAGCUGGUGAAAUGUCCUUGGAUCACGACAUCAUGUCUGUGCCACCUUCGGUUCCUGAAGAGCUUUUUCAGAUGGUGGAGAGUCUUGCGGAUUCCACCAUGCUCUCACAGAGCAACACAGAUUUGAUCACAGACACUGAUGAUGCAAGGUCAAAUAAAAACUCAACAGACUCUCAACGCCCCCACCCCAAGGUUAAGAACCUUAUCGUCAAGCUGACUCCUGUCCCGGUCGUGACAACAUGUGGGUCAAGGUCCUCCAGGUCCAAAAAUAGAGAAAAGGGUGGGGAGAGUCAGCAAAAGUGCAAAGAAGAAGAAGAAUGCAAGGAGAAGUGUGAUAACUCUGGUGAUGCAGUAGAUGGGAAAGACAGCCCACCUCCUAGCCGUCGCUCUAGUAGAGUUAAGACCACCCCUUUGAGGAAGCAGGCCGAGAACAAGGACCAGGUAAAAUCCUCUGAAUCAGAGUCAGAGGAAGAAAGUAAGGGGAAGGCCAAAUCCUCCAAGAAAUCCAGAAAUGCCAAAAAAGAGGAUGGAAAGCAUGCCAAGGAGAAAAAGACUGCAGACUCUGACUCGGACGAAGUUCCACCCAUACUGCUUGAAAAGGCGGCAGAAAGUCACAGCACAGAUGAAGAAGAAGGAAGCAAGAGUGCUAAAAAGCGCUUAUUCAAACUAAACAACACAUCCACACAGGAUACAGACAAAGCCUCAAAACGUAAGAGGAAGUCUGAAAGCUCUGAGUCGGAUACAGAGAAGAAAGGUAAAAAGACUUCCAAGAAGAAGAAGCAAAACAGCUCAAACUCCUCCAACUCCGACUCGGAGAUCAAGAGUAAAGGCACAGCAAAGAGAAGAUCCAGCCGUGUGAAGAAACAAGAAGAAGCAAAGCAGRAUGACAAAAAUWCCMCCGAGAGGAAGGCAGCAGACCGCAAAAGGUCUUAUGAAAAGAAGCGCAAAGGAAGGAGCUCUAGGUCGGCCUCAAAGCUGCAGUCAUCCUCCAGUGAGGACGAUGAGGAUCAACAGGCUGAAGGUGACUCAGGAGAAGACAGCGACGAGCAAAAGAUCAAACCCAUCGUAGAGGAGAACGUGGUGGGAGGCACUGGUCCCUUCUGUCAGUCUUCAGAAGAUGAGGCGGAAGAUAAAGCAGAAGUCUCUCAGGUUGGUGAGGAUGACGACGAGGACGAUGACCCUGAAAACAGGAUUGCAAAGAAAAUGCUUCUUGCUCAAAUAAAAUCCAACUACUCUUCAGGAGCAGAGAGCUCCUCUGAUAAUGAAGGAGAAGAUAAGGAUGAAAAGUCCAAAAAAGUUAAGAAAGAGGAGGAGGAGGAUGAUGAUGAAGAUGAAGAGCAGCAAGAUUCAGGUUCUGAUGUCGAAGUGAAGAAGCGCGGCCGACGCCACAAAUUGCUUCGUCAUAAACUCUCGCUGAGUGAAGGAGAAUCAGGAGAGGAGAAAGCUUCCAAUAAAGAGAAGAGCAAGGGGGGCAAGAAGAAGUCAGGGCGAAAAGUGGACAGCGAUGACUCUGAAGACUCAGACUUUGAGAAGUCAGAGUCCAGUGAAGAGUCUGCAUUUAGCGAGGAGGUUAGCGAAUCAGAAAACGACGGGAAGCGUCGAAAAACAAGAGCUGCAAAGAAGAAGGAUGAGGAAAAACAGAGAAGUUACAAGCAGAAGAAGAAGCGACGCAGAAUCAAAGUUCAGGAUUCCUCUUCCAGCAAUGAGAAGAGCGGGGAGGAAGAGGGUGAAGAGGGUGAAGAUGGAGACGAUGAGGAUGGACCCAAAGGACGCAAAAAGAUUCGCAAAAUUCUCAAAGACGACAAGCUGCGGACAGAAACGAGAGAUGCCCUGAAAGAAGAAGAGGAGAGGAGGAAACGUAUAGCUGAGAGGGAAGCACUCAGGGAGAAACUUCGAGAGGUGAUUGUAGUGGAGGAGUCUUCUCAGAUCACGUGUCCCAUCACAACCAAGCUGGUGCUGGAUGAGGAUGAAGAGACCAAGGAGCCAUUAGUUCAGGUGCACAGGAACCUUGUCACAAAGCUCAAACCUCACCAGGUUGACGGGGUUCAGUUCAUGUGGGACUGCUGCUGUGAAUCUGUGAAGAAGAUAGAGAAGUCUGCUGGCUCCGGCUGUAUCCUCGCCCACUGUAUGGGCCUGGGAAAAACUCUACAGGUGGUGACAUUACUUCAUACUUUGCUGCUUUGUGAGAAACUGGAUUUCACCACAGCACUGGUGGUUUGUCCCCUGAACACUGUCCUGAAUUGGCUUAACGAGUUUGAGAAGUGGCAAAAAGGAAUGAAAGAUGAGGAGAGUUUAGAGGUGGUUGAGCUGGCCACAGUGAAGAGGCCACAGGAGCGAGCGUACGCUCUCCAGAGAUGGCAAGAAAUGGGCGGGGUUAUCAUCAUUGGCUACGAGAUGUACCGAAACCUGACGCAGGGGAGGAACAUCAAGAGCAAGAAGCUGAAAGAGAUCUUUCAGAAGACACUGGUAGAUCCAGGUACGCUGCUCUUCCUUUAA